CGCGAACUAUUUUACAACGGGGGAAAUUUGAAAAAUAUAUGGAUUAGCGAGUGAUGCUGUUAAAGUCUGCUAUUGAAGCGGGUUAAAGUCAUAUUUCUUUAUUCUGGAAAAUUUUUAUCCUUUAAAAUGGAGCGCCAUCAUGGCCGGUCUGAUCUGAGUCAAAAACUAAUUUCAGAACAGUUCAAGAAAAAUAACGAAACGUUCAGAAACACGAUGGAGCGGAUUUUCCAAAAAUAUUCGAAUUUAGAUGAUCCAGGACCUGACGUCUGUCUGAAAACACUGACCUUCAGAUCAGGGAAAGCAGGUUCUGUGCCUUUGAACAGCGCCACAGCAGAAAAGGAACUGGAGCACUUAAGGAAUCAACUCAAAGAGCGGUCAGUGCAGGCUUUGGAUGUUCUUCAGGAAGAAGACGCUCUCUUGGAUCAAGAUGCAAAUUUAUCUCUUUCUUCAUGCCAGAUGGAUGAUGCAAUGAUUGAUCUUGACCGUUCCAGUCAGAUUGAAAACAGCAAUAGCAGCCUGUGGUGUGGUUCUGAGACAUCCCAGCUCUCUGUGAAAUCAAUGAGCAGCUCUCGUAGCUGUUUGUGGGGCGAGCCGUCUCAGCCUGAGGAAGAGGAUCGGGAUCUGGAGAGGACGCUAAGCAGCCACGGCAGCACUCUCUUGGACCUCUACCCCAGCAUGCUGAACCAGAUUGGCGAGGCGUACCGACGUCAGCACGUGACUGAAGCAGCUAGUGCUGUCUUGCGCAGAUAUCGUCACAGGCGCUGGCAAUCUUCCCAAGCACAGCACCGCAGUCAUGACUUCAGCAAUACCUUCAGUCAUACGUUGAACAGGACAAGAGAGAGCUCACUCACUGUCCCAAAACCACCCGAUGAAACCAUCACUAACCACCAGCAAAGUAAAUUCAAGUAUCAGGGAUCUUCACCACAUAAAAGCAAGCUGGAUGUUUCACCACUGAAGUGUAUCAGUAACACGUCCCCUGUAUCCACCGCUUGCUUUUUUUCACCAAGAAGAGAUGAUGUAAAGAAAAGCACAGGAGUGGAAAUCAGGUCCCAUUGGACAGGCCAACGCUCAGACAGCAGCUCACCGCGUCGAUCUGUUCGUGUACUGGACCUUUCAACGCCACCGUCUUCUGGUUCUUCCUCCCCUCGUUCUCAAUCACCAGAUCUCAACCAGACCUACGUUGUUGAACCUGACCCUUUGCCAAGAUCUCAUGGGGUUCCAGCUUCUUCUGUUUGUAGCUCAACCUGGUCUCCAUUAAAAAUAGCCAAAAUGUCAUCUCUUGCAAUCCAAGUAGGGAACUCUGUUAAUUCCUCACCAUUUUAUCAUCACUCAGGCCUGAGCAGGGACCACAGUAAUUCUUCUGCUGCCUCCCCACAGAGAGCGCUCAGUGUUCAUCUUUCUCACCUGAGGAGUCCACUAAAGGCCAGCCUGGAACACGACAGGCAAGCAACUUUGUCCUCUCCCAAACAAGCGUUGCCUGUGAUUCAUACCUCCGAGAUGCGCCGAUCUCCUCACAAAGGUCAGAGAUAUCCCUCUCCCCACCAACAAUUGCCUCAUCAUCAGGAGAAUCCCACCAAACAGCUGAAGCGUCAGCCAUUCUUCUCUAGCCACUAUUCUCCAUUCUUUUCCAUCUCCCAGAUGCCCAACAAGCAGAUUGAUGUUGAGUUCAUGAGUCUUUAUCAUCAUUUUAUCUGUCGCAGCACUAAACCUACAUCUUCCUGUCACCUGUGCAAGACACAAUUGGGGGUCCAAAGUCCUGCUGUGUCCUCCAAGAGCAUGUCUGCUCUCUCUCUAACACCUGUACGUAGCCAACUAAAGAAGAGACAUCGUGAGCCAGAGGUAGUGGAGUCUCUGCGAUUCAAGCGUUUCCGUGAGAGCUGUUCACCACGCCGGACCACCCAGUUCUGGCCAAAGCAGCAGCAGGAGAACAGAUAUGUGAAUACUGCAAUGGUAGAGCCCAAUGAAGACAAAUACACCUGGAACAGGGCUCUUUUCUUGCAGUGUCCGAGCCCAGGAUUUCUCAGAGCGAUCAGACAGCAUGAGGCAAGUACCUCAGGAAGCAACGGAAAAGGACCAGGCUCCAGACAGGACCUGCAGAGACAGCGUUACUCCCCAUCUUGGAGAGAUACAUUGAGAAGGAGAGGUGACGGUGAGAAUUUUGACAUCUCUGAAGCAUAUGCAGGCACCAAGUCACCAGUGAGAACCUGGGAUCAAAGUGAUGUCUUAGUCUCCCCAAGGUUCUCAAGGAGGCGACUUCUGUACGGACCUCUCCAGUGAUGAGCCUUUUUUCCACUCGCUUGUGAUUUGCUCAUUCAAUAGAUUCAAGUUGUGCUAUGGUUUUUGCUUUUGUUCUUUUUAAACUCCUCUUUUCCUUCAUCUUAAGCAUCAAUAUUGCAAUGUAGUAUGAUGCAGUAUUGAUUCUAGUAUUCAUGCUACUUACGUGUAGCAUGAAAUUCAAAAUAGAAACAUUAUAUUCAACACAGUCCCCAAUGUGUAAAUUUCUCCCCCCCCCCCCAAGCAAGUUAUUUAUGAUCUAACCAGAAUAAAUCCAGUAGAAUAAAUAGGACUCUGCUUUGAAUACAAAAGCAGGUAUCAACUUUAAAAAAAAAAAAAAAUCCAUAUUAUUUGUGAUCACAGUAGUAGCCCUGUCCUUUUUCACUUAAAUAGGAUAUUUUGUCAGGGCCUGCCUAAAGGCUAUUGCUUUUAAACGAAACUCCUGAUUGGAACCUCUGUAAAAUAGUUUAACACUUACAACCCAUUCCUUGAGCCGUAAUCUAUAAGUGUACAUAAUACUGAAGUCAAAUGUUCUGUCUAGAGAUGUCAGCUUUGUAUUCACUAUGCUUGUAUGUACACUGAUUGACUGAUUUAAUAAAUAAGCUUUUCUACA